CCAUCCUCCGCUGCUGCGGACAGAGCCUCCCCGCCCUGGAGAAGGAGUGAGUGCUGCGGCCACACACUGACAUCUGAAAUGUUUGAAGCAGAUCUUGAAAAGGCAUUACUGCUAAGCAAACUGGAAUAUGAAGAGCACAAAAAGGACUCUGAAAAUGCUUCACCUCCCUCAAAGUCAGCAAAUAAGAAAGAGAAAAGAAAGAACCAGCAGGGAAAAGACAAACCUCUCACAGUGUCUCUCAAAGACUUUCAGUCAGACAUUAAUACAGAUCCCCUUGCUAAAAAACACGAGGAACUGAGCUCUUCCCAGACUUUAUUGCAUGAUGGAGGAUUCUUCAAUAGGCUGGAAGAUGAUGUUCAUAAAAUACUUAUUAGAGAAAAAAGGAGAGACCAACUCACAGAUUACAACGGCUUGGAUAACUGUACAUCACAUGAACAUAGUCAGGAGGCUGUUUUGAAAGAUGGAAAAACAGAACGAUUAAAGUUGGAACUUGAAAAGAAAGAUACAGAAAUUCAGCAACUGAAAAGCAUCAUUACUCAAUGGGAGGUGAAGUAUAAAGAAGUAAAAGCAAGAAAUGCACAGCUGUUGAAAAUGCUGCAGGAAGGUGAAAUGAAAGACAAAGCAGAAAUACUUCUACAGGUUGAUGAAUCUCAGAGUAUCAAGAAUGAGUUGACCUUACAGGUGACUACACUUCAUGCUGCAUUAGAACAAGAAAGAUCUAAAGUGAAAUUAUUACAAGCAGAACUAACAAAAUAUCAGGGUGGGAGAAAAGGGAAGAGAAACUCAGAAUCUGACCAAUGCAGGUGAUUAUACUUGCCGUCAAGUUGAAAGCAAAAAAUCAAAUCUUGUUCUUCAGGGUUUUGCAGAAAUGUAUAUAUUUGUUGUACACUGCAAAGCUAUGCAGUUUUUUGGAAAGAAGCUAACAAUUACUAGUUUGACUGACGUUCUAAAUAGUUAAUUUGUUGCACUUUCUGUUAGUUUAAAGAAAAAAAGUAGAGAACUGUUCCAGCAGAGCUCAAACAUUGUUGCUGUUAAUGCCAUAAUUAGUUUUUCAUCAGUUAAUAAAAUUUACUCUUUCAUUUGCA